GUCUACUAUAAUAGAAAUCUUACAUAGUAAUCUUUCUGUCGAGCAGCUAAACAAUGAUUUGUAUUGUCUGUUAUGUAUGGCUUUAUUUACUAAUGAAACCCAAGGAGACCUCUGUCAUGCUAACUAUGAUUUCCUAUACUUAUAAUUCAUAGACAUGGAAGGGUGAGUAAUAAAGAGUAAAUGUUUCGUAUUGUACUUGAUUCCUCUUCCUGUAAGACCAAGCCCAAGAGAGCUUGUCGAACUAAAUGUUUGCUCCAAGAACGUUUGUUUGCGACUCUAAACACUGCUGAGAAAUGAAUCUAAACAUAUUGGAUAUUAACAUGAAGUUUCAAAUACCCUACGGAGCCCUGAAUAACUAUGAUUAUAAAAGAAAGCCAAAAUCUCAAUUAUAGUCAAUUUCAUUCUGAGGAUAGUACGAAUCAAAUUAAAAAUCCGAAGUGUUAACAAAAGAAAGAAAAACUAAUUCCAAAAAAAUAAAACAAAAGUCAUUAUUAGUAGAUAUUUAUGAAUGCAUUGAUGUAUCCGACUGUUGGUAAACCGCCAAUACAGUACUGCACGACAGUACACUCCCAACUUCAGGCCAUACCUACCACCGUGCCCUUAUUACUCCUCCCAAGUGUGCUUGCUUUCAAGUUCAUAUAAAUUACCAAAAAUGUCUUGUUGGACACUUGUUCAGCAAGAUUCUUUCUUAGAGACUCCCUCUAGUGAUCAGUUGAAAACAGCCUUGGAGUCCAAAAAUGACUUCGUUAAAAUCAGUGCAAUGAAAACAAUCCUGCGGAUAAUCAUUAAUGGAGAUCCUUUAUCUUCUGUUUUAAUGCAUGUUAUUCGCUUCGUGAUGCCUUCUAGGAAUAAAGAACUCAAAAAGCUUUUAUACUAUUACUGGGAAAUCUGCCCGAAAUACAACAGUGAUGGUACAAUGAAACAGGAAAUGAUUUUGGCCUGUAAUUCCUUUCGAAAUGAUCUUCAGCAUCCAAACGAGUAUAUUCGUGGAGCUACUUUGCGGUUUCUUUGUAAGUUGAAUGAACCGGAACUUUUGGAACCUCUAAUUCCUACGGUUCGCCAAUGCUUGGAACAUCGUCAUGCCUAUGUUCGUAAAAAUGCAAUCAUGAGUGUGUUUAGUAUCUACCAGACUUCUUCACACCUAAUUCCUGACGCUGCCUCUUUAAUUGAGGAUGUACUCGUCGUAGAAACCGAAGGAACUUGCAAACGCAACGCAUUAAUUGUUUUGUGUACCAUCGAUCCUGAACAUGCCGCAAUGUGGCUUACGAAUAAUUUUGAUCAUAUUACUUCCCUUAACGCCUCUUCUCUCUUAAUUGUUAUUGAAUUUAUUCGAAAGAUCGUCAUUGUCAACUCACCCGACAAAACCAAGUAUUUUUCGCUUCUGUUAGAGCUCUUGCACGUGAAUUCAAGUAGUGUUGUUUUUGAAGCUUCAACUUCUUUAAUGAACAUGACAACAAACAUUCAAAUUAUCAAGACCGCUGCAUCCCGGCUUUUGGAUCUCGCUACUCGCGAAGCAGACAACAACGCAAAGCUUAUUAUGCUCGAUAGAAUUUCCGAUCUUGUUCAGCAUGUAAAGUCCGGACUUGAUGACAUCGUUACCGACGUUCUUCCAUUCCUCGCCAGUACUGAUUUCGAUGUUUGCGAAAAAGCUAUUUCCAUUAUAUUGGGCUUAGUUACCACUAGAAACGUUGAUGAUAUUUUAGAACAACUUCAGAAGGAGUUGUCUAAAUCCAAUGGUGAAUCCGAAAAUGAUGACGCUCGUCGUCGUGCUCUCACUGAAGCAAUCCACCAUUGUGCAAUUACUUUCCCUCAAACAGCUGCUACCGCGAUACAAUAUCUCUUAAGUCACAUUUCUGAUUUUCAAAGUAAAUCUGCAUCAAGCGUUCUGUCUUUUGUAAAAGAAGUUAUGGAGAAGUUCCCAGAACUCCGUUCUGCAAACCUUACCAAACUUUUACUUUCCUUAAAGGAAUUUCGAGCAGGAAAGAUUUUCCGGGGAGUUGUCUGGAUUGCUGGUGAGUAUUGUUUUACUGAAGCUGAUAUAAGAACUGCUUGGAAGAGCAUUCGAGCAAGUAUUGGUGAAAUUCCAAUUUUGGCUUCAGAGGAGCAACUUUUAAACGAUGUGUCAGAUCGUCAAGAACAAGAGUUGCUUGUUGAUGUUCAAACGGCGCCCUCUUCAAGUCGAAAAAUUCUUGCGGAUGGAACCUAUGCUACUGAAAGUGCUGUAACAAGUGAAUCACUUAAUGCUGCUAAACUUGAAGCCGUGAGAGCAUCUAAAAAACCUCCCUUGAGAACUCAAAUUUUAGGUGGUGAUUACUAUUUAGCGACAGUAUUAGCUUCUGCUCUUACGAAACUCGUAAUGCGUUUUCAUCAAAUUUCGGACAAUCUUGAAAGAUUAAAUGCUCUUCGCGCUGAAGCAACGUUAAUUAUGACAUCCAUUAUCCGCGUGGGACAAUCGAAAUUUGUUAAAUAUACAAUCGAUGAUGAUUCAAUUGAGCGCAUAUUGAGUUGUAUUAAAGUCCUUUAUUCCUUUGAAGGAUUUCAACCACUACAGAAGGUCUUCCUUGAAGAUACUAAGAACGCGUUUUCUCACAUUGUUAUAGAGAAUGAAAGACGCCAAAAGGCCGAAGCUUCUCUCAUCAAUGAACGUAACGCUAUGCAGCCUGAUGAUACCCUCAGUAUUCGACAACUUAGCAGAGCAAUCGAGGAGAAAGCUGAAGCCUCUUUUGAGGCUGAUGUGAUUCAGGCAGCCAGUGACGGUAUUGUUGUAGAAGAUCUGUCCUCCAAAUUAGAUCAUGUUGUGUCAUUAACUGGAUAUACUGACCCGGUAUACGUUGAAGCAUACGUGAAGAUUCAACAGUUCGAUAUUAUUUUGGAUAUCCUCAUAGUUAAUCGUACCGAUAGUACUUUGCAGAAUCUUUGCCUAGAACUAGCCACCUUGGGCGACCUCAAAAUUGUCGAACGACCUUCCCCGCUUAAUUUGGCACCUAGGGCAUUUAAUUCUGUUCAAGCCACUAUUAAGGUUUCCUCUACUGAUUCAGGUGUAAUCUUUGGUGCUGUUUCUUUUGGCGGUAAAGCUUCUGAAGAAGAUCGCGUGGUUAAUUUGAGCAGUAUUUCUCUGAAUUUGAUGGAUUAUAUUAAACCAGCCAGUUGCCCUGAAUCCAAGUUCCGUAGCAUGUGGACUGAAUUCGAAUGGGAGAACAAGGUUGAUAUCUCGUCCAAUGAAAAUAUUAACUUAAUGGAAUUUUUGCAUAAAUUAAUGAAGAAGACGAAUAUGAAUUGUCUUACUCCUGACGCCAGUCUGCGGGGAGACUGUGGUUUCUUGAGUGCGAAUUUGUACGCCCGCAGUAUAUUUGGAGAGGAUGCACUGAUGAGUUUGAGCGUUGAGAAGUCUACAAACGGCCCUAUUUCUGGCCACGUUCGAAUUCGCUCUAAGACCCAAGGAAUUGCCCUUACAUUAGGAUCUUUAGUUGCAGCUUAAAGGAUUUUCUAUGACUUAAAAGACCACAUUCGCUUUAUGAGAAAGCUCAAUCUCACACUGCUUACAUUAAUAGAUAAAUGCCGUUUUUGAUAAUCGGCACUCAUCUUCUAUUUUAUGAUUUGGAACACUAAGCGCAAACGUCGUUUAAAUGAGUAUACUAACCUUCAUUUUCGAAACCUUUUCCUUACUUUUAUCAAUUUUUUAACAAAAUUUUGCCAAUAGAAUAACUACUAUUUGCACAGAUGGAUUCAAUAAUAUUCCUUACAAUAUGCAACAGUAUAGUUUUUCUCUCUACAGAUUC